AUGUAAUGCCGGACCAUUCACAAUACCACUUUCAAAGUGAAGUAUUCCGAAGUGAAGGAAAUUCGUUCAUUAUCCAUAAUAUUAUAGUGUCUUUGUUGUAAUCGAUACACAUUCUAUAGUCUAUCUCACAUUCACCAUGCCACCAAAGACCAGCGGCAAGGCGGCUAAGAAGUACGGCAAGGCACAGAAGAACAUAUCUAAAUUGGAUAAAAAGAAAAAGAAGCACAAAAGGAAGGAGAGCUACGCCAUUUAUAUUUACAAGGUGCUAAAGCAGGUGCAUCCCAACACCGGUAUCUCUUCAAAGGCGAUGACAAUCAUGAACUCGUUCGUGAACGACAUCUUCGAGAGGAUCGCGGCGGAGGCGUCCCGUCUCGCUCACUACAACAAGCGUUCGACGAUCACGUCCCGCGAGGUGCAGACCUCCGUGAGGCUCCUUCUGCCUGGUGAGCUCGCCAAGCACGCUGUCAGCGAGGGCACCAAGGCCGUCACCAAAUACACCAGCUCCAAGUAAGCGUCACGGCGGGAUGGAACAAUUGCAGCGGCGGCGUAAGAGGAGUACCAUCCAAAAGCCGCGACGUCUCGGCGCCGGCGAUUUCUCUCUUAUACUUGCUUAGUGUUUAUUUUACUUUGUCUGUGGUUAUAGAUACAAUAUAAACUACAAACGCUAA